AUGAAUAAAAUGUUCAGAUGCAAAGCAUGCUCAGGAACGCCAUUUGCGGCUUUUUUUGGUUUAGAUGAACCAGAUGAAGAUAAACAAAAAACAUCGGAUGAGGUCGUUGAAUCUGAAACAGAUGACGGAGCAUUAUCGCCAAGAAAUCCUGAUGAGUUAUCAAAUGAUGAGCAAGAAAAGUUAAAUGAACCAAGGAACGCUGAAGAGGUUACCUAUUUGGCAAAGAUAUAUAACACAUAUGUCCAUGAAAGAGCAAAAAUUCUAUGGAAAAACGAAAGUACUAGGAUACAAAUUUUAAAGGAGAUAGCAAUGGGAUGUUGUAAAAAUGAUGAUCCGGUCCUUGGAAAUGAUAUUCAAUGUGUAAAAUGGGUUGGAGAUUUUCAUGAUGAAUAUCCAGUUAUUCACAUACAAGAACCAAAAGAAACAAUGAAGAAAAGAACAUAUGUGAGCCGUAUGUUGGUGUUCCUUUUCGCAGAUGAAGAAUCUUACCAGAAGAUAGACGUGAAUAAAUACACCCCUUUCACAAUGGUGUGCGGUAACAAGUGGUGUGUCAACCUAACUCACAUAAUGUUAAACUAA